AUGAGAAAGCCCUCUUACCGGAGGGGGGCGAAAACAUGAACGGGGCCGUGUACAUUUCGUUUUUCCAGGGCCAGCUGGAGUCCGUGCUGGAGCAGGUCGUCCAGCUCGCUGUGCAGGAAAUAAGCAAGACAGUGGGGUCGAGUCUGAACACGCUGCUGCUGGAGACGGCCGUGAAAGAGCAGGAAAACCACCGGCUUCGGCUCCAGCUGCAGUCGUGGGAGACCCGGGGUCGAGCCAAUACCAGCCCCGCGGACAACGGAGGCUCCCCGGCGGCUGGUAAGCACAAGACGGCGGGGGACGAGCGGGCGGACAGAACAAAGCCCGAGCAGAAGCAUCAGCAGAGGCAGCAACACGCCCCCGGACUGCAGGGCAUCGAGCCCGGCAUACCCACCGACACACGACGCCUGGAACAGAGGGGACGAGUAGUGGAUCAGCUGAAGUUGGUCAUGGAGCAGGUCCUUGACUUUGCCGUGCGGGAGCUGACAAAGAUCGUGGAAGCGUCGUUCGAUGACCUGCUGCUGGAGAUCACAAAGAUGGAGCGAGAGCAGCAGGGGCUGGAGGAGCGACUGGACAAAAGCACUGGAGGAGGUGGGGGGGGGAGGAGAAGAGGCUCAGAGAAUGACUCGGUGUCACCAAGCGACUCUGAAGACGCCAGGGAGGAGCUGGCCGAUGUCCUCGGGUCCAAAGGAAUAGCUGGAAGAGACGACCCGGAGCGUCCCCCCAUCAUCUCUGUCUCUCAGGACUGGGUUCCCAUCCUGGACAAAGUCUUCAGUCAGAAGUGGUGCGGCGAUGGAGAAGGAGGUGGGCGGAGUCUGAGCGAGGGCCGUGCUCGGCAGGUUCAGUCUCUCCCCACCCACUCUGUCAACCUGGAGCCCUCCCCCUCCUCCCCCCAGCAGGACCCCCGAUGGACUCCUCUGGAGGACAUGGAGGUGUUUUCUCCUGAUGAGGAGGAGUGUCAGAGGAACAGCAGGGGAGGAGCCAACACCACCGGAGGACGGUCAACCGGACCUUCACCUGGACCUCCUCACAGCCCCACAGGCUCCUCAGGUCGUCGCUCUUCCGCCUCGAUGCUUCACCGUCUCCUCACUCUGCCGUCUCAGCUGCUUGAAGAAGACGAUGAAGACGCCGCUGCGGUUGCCAACGAAACGCUGGCCGCCCUGGCAACCAACGGCGAGGAGCCACCUGUGCCAAUCUGCCCGUCGCCCCCGAUAACCAGGGAGGAGGAGGAAGAGGAUGGUGAGGAGGAAGAGGAGGGCGAGGAGGACAAAGGGAGGAAGAAGAAGAGGCGGAGGGUUUGGUCCGAGUGCGAGGAGUGCGGCCGGAGGUUCAGUCGGAUGUCCCUCCUGAAGGCUCACCGUCAGACUCACGUCGCUGAAAAUGCCGCCGCCGACACCUCAUCCCCUUCGUCCCCGCCAAGCGGCUCCUCCUCUGCGCUGCGCUGCUCCGAGUGCGGGAAAAGGUUCUCCUCAGCAACCCGCCUCCACAGCCACGUGCGGACCCAGCACCCCGGGAGCAGGUCCUGA